UCUAUAUAUACAUUAAUGUUCCCCAGUCUUCGUAUUCCGAGAAAAGGGAUUUCGAUAAUUUCGGUGAAUCAGGAUUCAUCAUCAUCAGGACUUCUGGGAGAUGGCGCCGAUAUUCUGUCGAGCCAUGAAAAUACUCCCAAUUUCCCAAACAUUGCACACGUGAAAAUUUCCAAAAGUAAAAUCAGGAGUUCAACGGAAAAUAAACACAGGAAAAUGUAUCUCAUGUAUUAUUUAAAUGAAAAAGGCGAGCGUGUGUACACCCUGAAGAAAGUCGAUCCCAAUGGAAAACCCACGCUGUCAGCACAUCCAGCUCGAUUUUCACCUGAGGACAAGUAUUCUAGGGAAAGAAUCACUUUGAAGCGGCGAUUUGGACUGCUUCUUACACAGCAACCAAUGCCAAUUUAUUAACACAACAAUUAUAAUUUUUUAUAAAUAAACUUCAGCUCCAAAAUCUUCGAUUCCUUCUGUAUAAUAAAAUAAACAUGAACAGCUGAUUUCUGCCACGAUUUGGGAUAACAACAAUUUAAAGAAUUAUGAGUUCAGAUUGCUGUUGCGGUUGUAAAUAAAUAAUAAUUGGAAAUUAAA